GUGUACCGUUCCGGUCCGGUUCGAAACCGCGUCGAGUGCCUCCAGCCAAGUGUGUGUGCGUAUGUGUGCGUGUGCGUGAUCCCACUUGAGGUUGGUCUCGUUGCACCAGAAAGGUGCCCUCCCGUGGAGUGACCACAAAAAAGCUCCAAGCCAAAAGGGGAGCGCCAACGAGCGCGUGAGUGCGUUGAUUGCAAAAAACAAAUCAGUGACAGGCCGCGGCAAGCUCCAGGUUUGACAGUUUGAGGACACAGCAGGCGGCGGACGGCUUCGAAAUGCUCUCGAGGGUGAUUAGUUUGGAUGAGGUUGUUAAAACAUCAAUCGAAACAUUCCGCAACACGUUCGGUGCCGAGCCGGACCUGGCCGCCUGCGCUCCCGGGCGGGUCAAUCUAAUCGGCGAGCAUGUCGACUACAACGGUGGCUUCGUCCUGCCGAUGGCACUGCAGAUGGCCACGGUGAUCGUCGGGCGGCGAAACGGGACCGAGUCGACGUGCGACGUCGUUACCUGCACCGACGGCUGCACCCAGGAAGACGCGAAGCGGGCCCAGUUCAACAGCAGCAGCAUCGCGAAAGGAUCGCCCAAAUGGCUCAACUACGUGAAGGGUGUAAUGUUCCACCUCCGGCAGCCGGUGCCGGGCUUUGACGCGGUCAUCCACACGAACGUUCCCGUCGGCAGUGGGCUUUCGAGUUCGGCCGCCCUCGAGGUGGCCACGUUAACGUUCCUGGAGCAGCUCACCGGCCAGCAGUCGGCGAGUGUGGCCGAUGCGGCCAAGAUCUGCCAGCUCGCGGAACACACGUUCGCCAAUGUGCCCUGCGGGAUCAUGGAUCAACUGAUUGCGAUCGGUGGCCGAGCCGGCCACGCCCUGCUGAUCGAUUGCCGCUCCCUUGACACGGUCCCGAUUCCUGUCGAGGCUCCCGAGCUGGCGGUGUUGAUCUGCAACUCAAGCGUGAAACACGAACUGUCGUCGAGCGAGUAUCCGGUCCGGCGGAAGCAGUGCCAGGACGCGCUGAAGUUGAUGGGACUGGAGAGCUACCGGGACGCCACCCUGGACCAUCUGAAAGCUCUCGAGAAUGCGAAUGAAGUGCUCGUGCGUCGGGCUCGCCACGUCAUUACGGAGAUCCAGCGCACUACCGAUGCGGCCGAGGCACUGAAGGCGAACGACUUCGUUCUGGUGGGCCAACUGAUGACGGAAUCACACCGAUCGCUGAGCGAAGACUUUGAAGUGUCCUGCCACCAGCUGGACCUGCUGGUCGAAGCGACGCUGGCGGCUCGCGGUGUACUCGGUUCGCGCAUGACCGGUGGCGGUUUCGGUGGCUGUACCGUCACGCUGCUCGAACGCUCCGUCCUGGCCGACGUGGUGAAGGAGGUGGACACGAUCUAUUCGCGCAAAACGGGCGGUAAAUUCAGGGCCCGGUUCUAUCUCGCGCAGCCCGGCAACGGUGCCCGAACGCUCGACUUGAGCCAGUAUCUGGCGUGAGCCACCGUAAGGCUACUGCACAUUUUGUUAUAUUUUGGAUAAGAAAACAGCAAGAGGACACAAUAAAAUGGGACUAAACUUAAGGAACGAA